AUGGAAGGAGAUUCAGGCAUUGGAGGAGAAUCAGGUAAACAGUUAAUGUUGGUAAUGUUGGAGGCGUUGGAGGAGAUUCAGGAGACUAUGGUGGAGAUGAUGAGAACGGAGCAGAGGAUAAGAGCGGAGAAGAUAUCUCUCUCCAGUGAUAAGAAGAACCUGGAGAAGCUCAAACAAUCUGGAUUCUGUCAAAACUGUUCAACCUUGAGACGAGCAACUUCUGCCUCAAAUCUAAGAUUUGGCGAUCGAGGACGCGGUGUAGCCUGGCAGGACACGGAGACAGGACGGGGUAAAUCUCCGAUUGCGUCCUCUUGGAUGGAUAUUGAUGCACAAACCUUACAAAGAGGGAAAUAUUUCUCCAGAGAUGGGUUUCACAAGUCGCCCGGAGAUGGGGCAAGUUUUGAGGCUUUAGACUCAACCCUAUCCGCGCUCAAGAGAGAAUCGGAGAAUGACCACAGGUUUCUCCAUGAUGAGAUGGAAUACUUGAAAUCUGUUAAGAGAAUAAAUAUGAAAACUGUAAAUAAAUACCAAAAUCCUGGAUAA